AUUGUUGAUUGUUGAUUGCUGCUGAUUGUCGCGUGCAAAUAAAAUUGAAAGACUUGCCUAAGUUUGCGCCUACUUAAUCACUCCCUCGUCAAGAAAGUAAGACACUUGAGCAUGAUGCGCCAUCAGCGAGAUAUGCUGGUCCUCUGCAUUUUGGGACUUGUCUGCAGUGUGGUCGGACUUAAAGUAUCAACUGGCUACCAUAUCGUGCACAAUGAGCAACCACGCUCCCAUGGACCACACCUGCAUGGGUACUCGUAUCUUCCAGCUGCCCAGCAAUUUUUAAUAGGAAAUACGCUGACCUCUGCAGUGGAUACUUCGCCCUUACCUCAAAAUCCAUUCUUUACUGUUGCAAGUCCCACACCAGCACCGCCCAUGCAGGGUAGGGUUACUUGCGCCAAUCCUCCGGCUGUUUGUGAGAAGUCCGCCUAUCGAACGAUGGAUGGAUCAUGUAAUCACCUGGAAAACCCUGGGUUGGGCGUUGCCAAUACUAAGUAUGGUCGUCUUGUGACACCCAAAUACGCCGAUGGAAUAUCGGCACCAACCCGUUCCGUGACUGGCAAUGAGCUGCCCAGUGCUCGACUGGUAUCCAUUGUGGCAUUUGGUGAGCAGUCCGUGCCCGAUCCGCAGUUUACGCUCCACAACAUGCAGUGGGGCCAGAUUAUGACGCACGACAUGAGCAUGCAAGCGGGUGGCACUCAAUCCAAGAAACAUCCGACGCGCUGUUGCACAGAUGAUGGACGACUGGUGGGCUUGGAUACAGCGCAUAAGACCUGCUUUGCCAUCAUCGUGCCUCCCCAUGAUCCGGCCUACUCCCAAGUCGGCACGGAAUGCCUCAACUUUGUGCGCACCCUGACAGAUCGUGACUCUAACUGUCAGUAUACCGGUGGAGCGGCCGAGCAGUUGACCGUGGUCACCGCCUACAUGGAUCUGUCCCUUGUCUAUGGCAACUCGAUGCAGCAAAAUAGCGACAUCCGUGAGUUCCGGGGUGGACGCAUGAUUGUUGAGGAGCGUAAUGGCGCCAAAUGGCUACCCUUGUCCCGUAACAUAACCGGAGACUGCGAUGCCAUCGAUCCGAAUGAAGUCUGCUACCGAGCCGGCGAUGUACGUGUCAAUCAAAAUCCCGGACUCGCCUUAUUACAGACCGUACUGCUCCGUGAGCACAAUCGCAUUGCCGAUGCUCUGUCUGCUCUGAAUCCUCACUUUGACGAUCGCACGCUGUUCCAGGAAGCUCGCAAGAUCAACAUAGCCCAGUACCAGCAAAUAAGCUAUUACGAAUGGCUACCAAUUUUCCUGGGCGAGGAGAAUAUGUUGAAGAAUAGCCUGAUUUUCAAAGCUCCGGGAGGCAGCUACGUGAAUGACUACAAUCCUAGCAUCGAUCCCAGCGUAUUAAAUGAACACGCCACAGCUGCAUUCAGAUACUUCCAUUCCCAAAUCGAGGGUCGAUUGGACCUUUUGUCCGAGCUGCGCUCAGUUCUUGGUUCGUUAACUCUUAGCGAUUGGUUCAAUCGCCCUGGUAUUCUCGAGGUUGGCGAUAACUUUGAUUCCCUAACCAGAGGUCAUGCAACACAGCCAGAAGAGCUGACGGACAUCAACUUUGAUAAACAGAUUAAGCAUUUUCUAUUUAGACGCAAUAUGCCAUUCGGCUCCGAUUUGCGUUCAUUGGAUAUUCAGCGGAAUCGUGAUCAUGGACUUGCAUCGUAUAAUGAUAUGAGAGAAUUCUGUGGCAUGAAGCGGGCACAGUCCUGGGAGGACUUUGGUGAUCUGAUCAGUCCGCAGAUAAUUAAUACACUCAGAUCGCUCUAUGAUAGUCACGAGGAUGUGGACCUGACUGUUGGUGGCUCUCUUGAGGCACAUGUGGCUGGGGCAUUGGCCGGUCCCACUUUCCUUUGCAUCCUGACGGAACAGUUCUAUAGAACUCGAGUCGGCGAUCGUUUCUUCUUCGAGAAUGGCGACAAAAUCAGCGGGUUCACUCCAGAUCAAUUGGUGGAACUGCGCAAGGCAAGCAUGGCUCGUUUGCUCUGUGACAAUGGCAACAAUAUUGGUUCGAUGCAGCCUGCUGCAUUUAAAACUAUUUCGGGAUCGAACCCUAUUAUGCCAUGCUCGAAUAUUCCGCAAGUUGACCUCACGAAAUGGGUCGAUCAAACUAUACAUGCCUCUGCAGAUCACUCAGUUCUGUUUGGAAAGAAGUGACCGUUUCCAUUGUGUGCACACGGAUCUGUCUUUAACUAGUUCAAAAUAUAAUAACAAUUAGUUUAAUCAACUUAAAGAUUGUAAAAUCAAACUCCAUGUAUUAUAUUGUCCCCUCUUUAUGUACAUAAAUAAAUCAUAUCGCUAUAUAAGAAAA